CAGAGUUCGAGGUAUUUUGCCGGUUGUUUCAUAUUCCAUCCCUUUUCUACCACCCUCUUCCUUGUCUGUCUAAAUUAGCAUAUUUCCAACAUGUGUGGUAUAUUUGCAGCCUAUAAGCAACCUGAGGUUGAACUUUUCAAGUCGAAAGCUUUACAGUACUCCAAAAGAAUCCGUCACCGUGGUCCCGACUGGUCAGGUAACGUGAUCCAGAACUCUACCAUCUUGUGCCACGAGAGAUUGGCCAUUGUCGGUUUGGACUCCGGUGCUCAACCAAUCACCUCAGAAGAUGGCAACUACACCUUGGCCGUUAACGGAGAAAUCUACAACCAUAUCCAGUUGAGAGACGAGUUUAACACCUACAAGUAUAAAUCGUUGUCAGACUGUGAGCCCAUCAUUCCACUUUACGAAAAGUACGACGUCGAUGCCCCCAAAUACUUAGACGGGAUGUUUGCCUGGGUUCUCUACGACAAGAAAGCUGACCGUAUCGUAGCUGCCAGAGACCCCAUCGGUAUCACUACUUUGUAUCUCGGAAAGAGUUCGAAGAACCCCGAAACAAGAUACUUUGCCUCAGAGUUGAAGUGUUUGAUCGACGAAUGUGACGAGGUAACGGCUUUCCCACCUGGUCACGUCUACGACUCCAACACUGAUCAGAUCACGAGAUACUUCACUCCAACAUGGUGGGACGGUUCUAAGAUUCCUUCGAAGCAUGCUGACUUGAAGGAAGUGAGAGAAACCUUGGAAUUAGCCGUGAGAAAGAGAUUAAUGGCCGAAGUGCCCUACGGUGUGCUUCUUUCAGGUGGCUUGGACUCGUCGUUGAUUGCUUCGAUCGCUGCCAGAGAAACAAAGAAGGCUGCUGCUUCCGUUUCGGAUGAAGGUAUAGAUGCCAACAAGGAGUUGUCUGGUGUUGAUGAAAAGGGUUCGUUGCACUUUUCUGGCUUCACCAACUCCUUGCAUUCGUUUGCUAUUGGUUUGCCAGGUGCCCCAGACUUGAUCGCUGCUGAAAAGGUAGCCCACUUCAUUGGAACUAUUCACCAUUCUCACACUUUUACAGUGGAAGAAGGUUUGGAUGCACUUGACGAUGUCAUCUACCACUUAGAAACCUACGAUGUCACCACCAUCAGAGCAUCCACGCCAAUGUACUUACUUUCUAGAAAGAUUAAGGCCCAGGGUGUCAAGAUGGUGUUGUCUGGUGAGGGAUCGGACGAAGUAUUUGGAGGCUACUUGUACUUUGCCAACGCCCCAAGUGCUAAGGACUUCCACCAGGAAUGUGUCCAGAGAGUCAAGGACUUGCACUACGCCGACUGUUUGAGAGCCAACAAGUCCACCAUGGCCUGGGGAUUGGAAGCCAGAGUUCCUUUCUUGGACAAACAGUUCUUGGAAGUGUGUAUGAACAUCAACCCAGAAGACAAGUUGAUAAAACCAGCUGAAGGCAAAAUUGAAAAAUACGUCUUGAGAAAGGCUUUCGACACCUCGGAUGAACCAGACGUCCACCCAUACUUGCCCAAGGAAAUCUUGUGGAGACAAAAGGAACAGUUCUCCGAUGGUGUUGGUUACUCCUGGAUUGAUGGCUUAAAGGACGCUGCUGAGGCUGCUGUCUCUGACGAAGAAUUUGCCAACCCUAAGCCUGAAUGGGGAUCAGAUAUUCCAACUACUAAGGAGGCCUACUGGUAUAGAUGCAAGUUUGACCGUGUGUUCAACAACUCGGCAACUGCUGCCUCCACUGUCAUGAGAUGGAUUCCAAAGGCUGAAUGGGGCUGUCAUGAAGAUCCUUCCGGAAGAUACGCUGCCACUCACGACCACAAGGUCAUCUGAGAGAUCUAUCUUUAUAGAUUGUACAUAUCACGAACCGUAAAAUAAAACAAACAUUGAG